GGGCCCGCGCCGGAGCCGAGAGGGCGGCAGGAGGAAGCGGCGGCGGCGGCAGCGGCGGCCGCUCGCUCCUCCAUCAUGGAGGCCCCGGGGCCGGCCCGCGCGCCCGCUGUGCCUCGCGCGCCUGCGCGGCCGCGCCAGCCCUCGAGCGCGCGCUCGGCGGGGGCCGGGGGGGCCGGUGCCGGGAACGAUGUCGGGCGUGCGCCUCGCCCACCCGGGUCGACCCCCAAGGCGCGCGCAUGGAGGGGCGGGGAGGGGCGCGCGCCUGGAGGAGGGCAAACGCGACCCAGGCCCCGGGGGAGGGUCGCCCUUAGGAAGCGCAGGACUUUGGGAGGGGCCGCUUCCUGUCCCCCUCCUCCGGCUUCACCCCAAAGAAAGAUUCUAGCCCUCUCCAGACCCAAACACCACUCUCCUAGAUCACCGUCCCUCUUUGAGAGAAAGGGCGACCACCAGGGAUGGUUUCACCGAUGGCCCCAUCCUGAUUCCUGGCCCGGGGCGGUUGUCAUAGUAACUCUUCUUCAGUCGGGGACACCCUUAGCCUCCCUUCCCCUCCACCUUUAUGGUCCUGGAGCUCCACACCUCUCCUGGCCCUGCACCUACCUAUAGGAGGUUGCUAAGGUCACCCAAGUCCCCGGUGGUCCUUCUGCCCCUACCCUCCUUGGUUACUAUGGCAACCUCACCUAGCGCUCAGGUAAAAAGGAGCCCAGCCCCAAGGACACUGCUGAGGGAAACCUCUCUUUCCCAGGCCCUCCCCCCAGCCUCCUGGUUGGCAUUACCAUGGUAACCAUCUCCCCCUUUCCCAUGGUGGGAGGGCCUUGGACCAGCCAGGUGUUUUUAUUUAGAGGAGGAGAUGCUCUGCUGAGGAGUAGUUGCUAUGGUUACAAGACGGUGGGCUAUCCCUAGGGAGGUGAGAAACUGGCAGAGCCAAGUCCUGGGUACUAUGGUAAUGGGGGUACUCUGCCUUCCAAUGACCCUAGAACCAGGCCCACCAAGGUAGAAGACAUUUUAGGGUUGUCUCUCAGAAUGUAAUGUGUCUAGGGAAGGGGUUGUCAUGGUAACACCUUCUGUCACUUCUACCCCUACCUUUCUGGACACAUUCACGAAAGAAGGGAUGGGUAUAGGUUGCUAUGACAGCCUUCCUUUCACUGCUAAGAUGCUUCAGGUAGGUGGUGCCUGCCUGAGCUUAUGAGAUUUCAUAAGAUGAAAUUGUGCCCUGUUGUGUGAAGUUGGCUGAUUUGGGGUUUUCUGGUUCAUCUUCCUUCAGCAGUGCAGCUGAGCUGGGCUGGAACCACCCCCUUGGAGUUCCGUCAGCCUGCACCGUAGGAGGAUACCCCGGAAGCCCAGCUAGGGCCUGACUUCAGCCCCAUGCGGCUCACCCGCUGCCAGGCUGCUCUGGCAGCCGCCAUCACGCUCAACCUCCUGGUCCUGUUUUAUGUUUCGUGGCUGCAGCACCAGCCCAGGAACUCCCGGGCCAGGGGCUCCCGCCGUGGAUCUGCCUCCGGUCCGCGCGUCACCGUCCUGGUGCGGGAGUUCGAGGCCUUUGACAACGCGGUGCCAGAGCUAGUGGAUUCCUUCCUGCAGCAGGACCCAGCCCAGCCCGUGGUGGUGGCUUCGGACACACUCCCCUAUCCGCCCCUGGCCCUGCCGCGCAUCUCCAACGUUCGCCUGGCGCUGCUCCAGCCCGCCCUGGACCGGCCCGCCACAGCCUCGCGCCCCGAGACCUACGUGGCCACCGAGUUCGUGGCCCUGGUGCCCGACGGGGCAAGGGCCGAGGCACCCGGCCAGCUGGAGCGCAUGGUGGAAGUGCUCCGAGCCGGAGGCGCACGCCUGGUGGCCGCUCCCGUCGCUUCGGCCAACCCUGCUCGGUGCCUGGCCCUGAACGUCAGCCUGCGGGAGUGGACCGCCCGCUAUGGCCCAGCGCCCUCCGCACCUCGCUGCGACGCCGUGGACGGGGACACCGUGGUUCUCCUGCGCACCCGCGACCUCUUCAACCUGUCGGCGCCCCUAGCCCGGCCCGUGGGCACCAGCCUCUUCCUGCAGACCGCCCUUCGCGGCUGGACGGUGCAGCUGCUGGAUGCACCCUUCGCCGCGGCCCACCAGCCCCCGCUAGCCACGGCCCACGCGCGCUGGAAGGCGGAGCGCGAGGGGCGAGCGCGGCGCGCGGCGCUGCUCCAGGCGCUGGGCAUCCGCCUGGUGAGCUGGGAGGGCGGGCGGCUCGAGUGGUUUGGAUGCAACAAGGAGACCCCGCGCUGCUUCGGGACGGUGGUGGGCGACACGCCAGCCUACCUGUACGAGGGGCGCUGGACUCCCCCGUGCUGCCUGCGCGCGCUGCGCGAAACCGCACGCUACGUGGUGGGUGUGCUGGAGGCGGCCGGCGUGCGCUACUGGCUGGAGGGCGGCUCGCUGCUGGGAGCGGCCCGCCACGGGGACAUCAUCCCGUGGGACUACGACGUGGACCUGGGCAUCUACCUGGAGGACGUGGGCAACUGCGAGCAGCUGCGGGGCGCCGAGGCGGGCUCUGUGGUGGACGAGCGCGGCUUUGUGUGGGAGAAGGCGGUAGAGGGCGACUUCUUCCGCGUGCAGUACAGCGAGAGCAACCACCUGCACGUGGACCUGUGGCCCUUCUACCCCCGAAACGGGGUCAUGACCAAGGACACGUGGCUGGACCACCGGCAGGAUGUCGAGUUCCCCGAACACUUCCUGCAGCCUCUCGUGCCCCUGCCCUUUGCCGGUUUUGUGGCGCAGGCGCCUAACAACUACCGCCGCUUCCUCGAGCUCAAGUUCGGCCCCGGGGUCAUCGAGAACCCUGAGUACCCCAACCCGGCACUCCUGAGUUUGGCAGCAAGCAGCUGACGCUCCAGUGCCUGCUCCUGGGUCCGGAGAACAUUCGGGCACAAGGCACUGUCCUUUGUCUUGGUGCUGCUGGCAUUUGGUGGGCGGGCCAGGGAUGCCAAGCUGCCCUGCAGGGCUCUGCAUGGUCCCGGACAUCAAAUCCUGCGCCCUGCCCAAGAUUUCCAGAACUGGGGCUCCAGGGCUGGGACAGUUUGGGAAAAGAGGCAGAAAGAGUGUAAGUUCCGGAGCCAGACUGUCGCGAUUCCAACCUCGGCUCUUGCACUUGUUCGGUACGUGGACCCCUGGCAAGUGUCCCAACUUCGCUGCCUCUGUUUCCUCCCGGAUUCAGUGCCAGCCCUCAGGGUCAAGCACACCCGGAGCCCCAGGACACUUAGCUGUUGGGGUUUCUUCCGCCACUAGAGGGCGUCUUUGUCCUACCUUGCAGCCAAGGCGACUGUCCGCGGGGCCCUCUGUUCCAUGGCUUUCAUGUCUCUCGAGCCUUUGGUCCCCUCUCCAGUCUCAUGCGCCUGGUCAGGACAGGAUGACUCUCUUUCCUUCUUUCAGAAAACGAGCUCCUUCCUCCUGGGAGAGCCCUGUGCGGUGCAUACUGCUCUUAACCCCAUCUUGCACAAAGCAAACAGGCUCAGAGGUCUGAGGGUGCUCUGGUUAAGAACCUGGUUCUGGGAGUCCCCUGGUGGUCUAGUGGUUAGGAGUCAGAGCUCCCUCUGUGGCGGCCGCCCAGGUUCAAGCCCUGGUCUGGCAGCUGAGAUGCCACAUCAAGCUGCUGCAAGUCGCUGCCAAAAAACCCCCAGAGGAACCAGCUGGAUCCCAGCCUCACUCCAUUUACUGUGUUACCUCAUUACAUUAGCCCUUUGCCCCUGUUAGCCCCCUGGCAAGACAGGGUAAACCACAACCAUAGCUGACAUUUCCUGAGCACUUACUGUGUCUCAGGCAUCGUUCUCAGUAUUUCUCAUGGAGUAACUGACUUAUCCCUCGUCCCAACCCUGGGAAGUAAGAGCUGCUGCUAUUUUGAUUUUACAGAUGAGGAAACUGGCCAGAAUGGUAACGUCACUUGUCCAAGGUCAGACAGCUUGGGAAGUGUCAGAGCAGAGACUUGAAGCCAGGCUGUUGCCAAUAUGCCCCUCUCCGGAGAUGGUACCCACACCACUUAGCAGGUAGUCAGCUUCCUCGUGAUCAUGAACCUAAGAGGAAUUACUGUUUGGGCAUGUCCCUCCAAAGUGUGUCUUUAUUUAUAAAUUAUAUCCAGGUACGACUAUCAUUCUGUAUAUUAAUAAUAAGGCUGAAGUUACUCUAUCUUAAAAUUACGAGUUCCCUGGUGGCUGAGCGGGUUAAGGAUCCCACAUUGUCACUGCUGUGGGCCAGGUUCCAUCCCUGGCCCAAGAACUUCCACAUGCCAUGGGCACAGCAGGAAAUUUAAAAAUAAAAAAAAUUAAGUUGAAAA